CACAAACACAAACACAAACACAAACACAAACACAAAGAGAGAAAGAAGAGUGAUCAUCAUCAUCAUCAUCAUCAUCAUCAUCAACAACAACAACAACAACAACAACAUCAAUGGGGAGAGGAAGAGCUCCAUGCUGUGAGAAAGUAGGGUUGAACAAGGGUUCAUGGACACCAGCUGAAGACAUGAGACUUGUUUCUUAUAUUCAAAAGUUUGGCCAUGGCAAUUGGAGAUCUCUUCCCAAACGUGCAGGUUUGUUGAGAUGUGGAAAGAGUUGUCGUUUGAGAUGGAUCAAUUACUUAAGACCAGACAUCAAACGUGGCAACUUCACCAAAGAAGAAGAAGACACCAUUAUCAACCUCCAUGCUUUACUUGGCAACAAGUGGUCAAAGAUUGCUUCUUAUCUUCCUGGAAGAACUGAUAAUGAGAUUAAGAAUGUUUGGAAUACACACUUGAAGAAGAGACUUAUUAUGCCAACAUCUUCUUCUUCUAAUUCUUCCUCUGAUCAUUCUCCUUCUCCUUCUUCUUCUUCUUCUGAUCAGAGUGAAGCUAAGAGUAGCACUAAUAAUGGCCAAGAAGUUCAUCAAGAAGUAAAGGUUGAUGAUUAUGAUAUAAACAUCGAAGAACUUAUUAUUUUUGAUGAAAUGCUCGAUAUUUUUCCUAUCGAAAACAAGACGACGAUGACGACAACAACAACCAUUGCUAGUAGUAGUAGUAGUUCUUGCUCAUUGAAUUGUGAGUAUAAUCAAAUUGAAAGUGAAAAUGAGAGCAAGAAAUGGUUGGCUUAUUUGGAGAAAGAGCUUGAUUUGUGGGAAUGUGAAGAUACUACUACUACUACUAAUAAUAAUAAUUAUAAUAAACAAGAGUAUGAGAAGAAGGAAAUUGUUGAUUAUAUGGAGAGUGAGCAUGAUGAUCCGGUCUUGAGUUAUUUUCAAAGGGGUCCAUCUUCACCACAAAACUUUCUUCUUGACUUCCCAUCUCUUGACUCUAUUACAUCAACUUCAAAUGGUUUCUUAUUAUAAUUUUUUUUUUCCUUUUCUUUUGGUUGGCAAUUUGCUUUGUGUGCUUCUCUUUUGUGUCUGUGGUUAUAAUGGGACUAAUGUAA